ACCAUGUUUAGCAAAUUAUGAAAAUUUUUUAUCACCUUCAAAAAUUAUCAAAAUUCCGAAAAUUCGUUCAAAUUUUUACUCCUUCAAUAAAAUUUAAAUCACUUUGAAAUGUCAGAAAUAACAUCGAAUAAUCCUAAGAACUGUCCAAACUGGCAUUAGCAAUACUUACUCAUCAAAUCCUAGAAUGCCUUUAAUUAAAAGACUGAAACCUGCAGCAUCAGAAGUGCUAACAUGUUACCUUAAACAAUGCAACGAACCUCACUGGACAUCAUACUUUGUAAAAUACAGAGACGUUGUGGAUGAUCAACGAGGCAUGUCAAAUUUCAAUUGGAAAGUAGGAAGUAGUAAUUACCAAAUACUUCGUACCGGCUGCUACCCAUAUAUCAAAUAUCACUGCAGUAAAUAUCGCCACGAAGAUCUCACAGCUAGUGACCGGUUGAUGAAAUUCAUAAAGAUUUUUAACUUGGGAAUUCCUGCUCUGAUGUAUGGAAUAGCUGCCAUUUUCCUGAUUACUCAUAAAGAGAAUGUUGUUACUUCGAAAGGCAAUGUUUAUAUUUAUUUCUUACUGAAGGAAAAUAAGAAAUCGAUGUUCUAGCGUGGAAAAAUCACCUUGUACCUAUUGUUACCAAACUCCUGUGUUUCAUUGAAUGUCUUACGAUGGCAAGAAAUUGAAAUAAAUUCAUCUCUGGCAUAUUCUAUCGAUAAAUCAUCGAAAUAAUCGAACGUUUGGGAACAUUGAUCAACGCUGAUCCUCUAUCGUUGUCGAUAAACGUAAGUUGAACGUCGAAAGA